AUUAUUAGCCAAAAACCGAAGCGCGGCACUUGAGACAUCCAGAUGUUGCGUUUGAGGCACCAAGUGAAGUCGGGAGUACAACUGUUUCCACGCUGAAACCAACUUUAUUACAUUGUUUUCCUGUUCACCAGCAGUAAUGGAAACUGACAGGCUCGAUUAAAGGAAGAGAAGUGAGGCCGUUAGAACACUUUCACGCCAUUUUACCUGUUUGGACAAAAGGACAACAACAAAGCCUGGAUUUAACUGCGCAGCUUUAACGUUUAAACCUGACUGAAAUGUUUGUGUUUCUACGCCGGGUUGGAGUUAAAUAGUCCACCAGGCUGACGCUGCCGAUAAAAUAAACGUUUCAAACUUUAACAUUUAAUAUCUGUCAGCGUGUUUGGGACAAGUGGGCAUCAUGGCUUUUCUUCACUUGCUCCUGUGUGCCGGGGUGUUAUCACUGCCUAGGUGUGGAGCCUUUUUCCGCGGACCGUUACAACCGGAGAUGUCUAACGGCACUUUUCAUCAUUAUUUCGUGCCGGACGGAGACUACGAGGACAACGACGACCCGGAGAAAUGUCAGAUGCUUUUCAAAAUGACCGACGAGCGAAAGUGCGGUCUCGACGAGGACCAGGACGCCGUCAUACGGGAUGAUUUCACUAUCAUCAAGAGGCAGAUAGAGGACUCGGCCCGGGUGCUGGAGGGGAUCGGGAAAAGCAUCUCGUACGACCUGGACGGAGAGGACAGCUACGGGAAAUACCUGCGGAGGGAGACGGCUCAGAUAAGCGAGGCGUUUACAAACUCGGAGAAAUCUCUGCUGGAGCUGGAGGUGAAAUUCAAGCAGAGCCAGGAGAGCGAGCUAAAGGAGGAGCACCGGCUCAACGAAGACUUUCUGAACAUGAUUGUGCACACACGGGACGUCCUGAAGGACACGGUGGACAUUUCUCUGGGACUGAAGGACAAGCACGAGCUCCUGUCUCUGAUCAUCCGCAGCCACGGCACGAGGCUGAGCAGACUGAAGAAUGAAUACAUGAAGUUCUGAGAGAAAGUAGUUCCUACACGUCUCAUUACAGUACUAUUUCUUUUAUUAUUAUUUUCGUUAUGGUGGAGUGUGUGAGGCAGAGGCAGGAGUUAAGCAAUCUGAGCAGUCAUAUCAGGGAUACAAACUACACUUAAAGGACCAGUUCAUCUAAAUUAAAUGUAUAAUAUUAAAAUAUAAAUUAAAAUAUAAUACAUUUUCUUGUUUAACUCUAGAGCAGUGUUUUCCAACUUGGGUUUUCUUCUAUAGGGUCAAAAAGAAACCGUCUGAGGUCACAAGAUGGUUAAGGGUUAGGUAAAAACUAUUCUCUCAUCUUUGCCGUUUCUUUUUGUAAAAUACUCAACAGUUCACUUUUUGAUUGAUGCUCAAAAGUAUUCAAACUAAACGAUCUGAUCAGUUUUGUAAGGGAAGUUGCUCACUGCUCACAGCUCAUCAGUCCUACGUGAUCCGUGAUGAGGUUGCAGGUAGCACUUUAAAGGGUCAAAGACAAAAACGUUUGGGAUCCACUGCUCUAGAGGUAUGUAGCCAUGCAGCUAGUUUUGGUUGAAAUUGUCCAGGUUAUGUGAUAAAUAUCCAAAGCUGGAUUACCAAACAGGCAAAGAAGGCAACUGCCCCAAUGCCUGAGACUCCCAGCCCUAACCCCCCCAUAUUCACUGUGUGUCAAUUGUGUUUUGGUAAUUUGGUUACUUGCAAAUGUUGCAGAUUUAUACUAGUACAAUAUCAACUACGAAGGGUCCUGCACCUGAUCUCAUGGCCCUGUUUUUUAGAGGCGCCAUGUGUCAGAAUCAGUUUAAGUUUAUUCCUAAAUGAAAGUUGUGCUAAAAAAUAAAUAAAUUAAAAUGUAAUAUUGUGAGAGAAACAAACAGUGGUCCAUUCGUGGCAGAAAUCUCAGAGGGAUGACAUAAUAAUUAAUUAUUAUUAUUAUAAUUAAUUGGCAUAUAAAACCAAAACUAUCUGCUAACUGCUGGUGGUAAAGUAAUUAAACGUGUUGUUUUAAACUUUAAAAAAAAAAGUCUGUUGGACUGUAUCUGACACCAACAAUUUUUUUUAAAUUAUUUAUAAGACAAUAAGGAGUGGGCAAUAUGGAUAAUAUCCUCUUUCAGAGUAAAUGCAAUUUUAUAGGAUGAUAUUGUCAAGCCAAUUAAGAAAUAGUUAAGGAAUAAAAUAACCAGAAAGAAAUGUCUGUUUUUGGCAGACCCAGCAAACUAUAUACCGAACAAAUCAAAGUACUUUAUCAUAUUGAUGCAAAUAAAAAUCCAAUAUUGCCAUACAGUGGUCCUGCUCAGUGAUUUGCGAUGCACCCAGAGAUAUUAAAGAGCUACCGAGCUAUAAACAGUAUGGCAAAAUCUUUACA